UUGAUUUUAUUGAGAGAAAUCAAAAUUAGAAAGAGAGUGACAGCCAAAAUGCGCACAAAGAGUUCUAAAAUUCUUUUAACUUCAUCCUAAUUUUUUUUUAUUUUCCGUUUUAUCUUCUCCCUCUUCUCCUACAAUCAACCAUGGCACAAUCUUUGUCCCUAACAAUAAUCUUCACAAUCAGUUCUAUUCUUUCAAUUUUUCUGGCAGUAUCAUCAUCAUCAGCAGCAGUAAAAUUACCAUUUCACCCCCAAGAUUUACUACCCUUGAUUCCUAGAGAAGUUUCUUGGCUAAUUCUGAAUCGUUUAAACAGCGCCGUUGACCUUUUGCCGACGUUUGUGGGUGCUGCCAAUUCUUUGAACAGCACUGCUCAAUGGAAGGGCGCUUGCUUUUAUAAUAGUACUGCUUGGAUGGAGUUUCAUAAUAAGACUGGUAGUCAAUUUGGUGGUGGUACCCUUCAUAUUAAGGUUGAUGGUGCUCAUAGCUGGACAUGCAUGGAUAUUUAUGUUUUUGCAACUCCAUAUCGUGUUACUUGGGAUUACUAUUUUCUCUCUCGGGAGCAUAAAAUUGAAUUUAAGGAGUGGGAAGGGAAAGCUGAAUAUGAAUACGUGAAAAAUAGGGGAAUAUCUAUUUUUCUCAUGCAAGCUGGGAUGCUAGGAUCGCUUCAAGCACUGUGGGAUGUCUUCCCUCUUUUUACAAAUACCGGAUGGGGAGAGAAUGCCAACAUUGCGUUCCUCGAGAAGCACAUGGGUGCUACCUUUGAAGAACGUCCCCAGCCCUGGGUUACUAACAUCACCACUGAUGAUAUUCAAUCUGGAGAUUUCCUGGCAAUAUCAAAAAUUCGUGGGAGGUGGGGUGGUUUUGAGACUAUGGAGAAGUGGGUGAGUGGAGCUUAUGCUGGUCAUACUGCUGUUUGCUUAAAGGAUUCUGAAGGAAAACUUUGGGUUGGUGAAUCAGGACAUGAGAAUGAAGAGGGACUAGAUAUUAUUGCUCUGUUGCCAUGGGAUGAAUGGUGGGAUUUUGAGCUGACUAAGGAUGAGUCCAAUCCACAUAUUGCACUGCUUCCUCUGCAUCCUGACAUUCGAGCCAAGUUUAAUGAGACUGCUGCAUGGGAGUACGCAUUAAGCAUGAACGGCCAACCUUACGGAUACCAUAACAUGAUAUUUAGCUGGAUAGACACUUUAGAUAAGAACUAUCCACCACCCUUGGAUGCUCACCUGGUAGCAUCUGUUAUGACAGUUUGGAGUCAGUUACAACCUGCAUAUGCUGCUAAUAUGUGGAACGAAGCCUUGAACCUGCGACUUGGAACUGAGGGGCUUAAUCUUUCUGAUAUCUUGGUAGAAGUUGAAAAGCGUGGGUCAUCCUUUGGUGAACUGUUGACGAUCCCUGAACAGGAUGACUGGUUAUACAGUGAUGGGAAAUCAACCUCAUGUAUUGCUUUUGUUCUGGCAAUGUACAAGGAAGCAGGACUCUUUGGUCCAGUUGCGAACUCUAUUCAAGUGACUGAAUUCACGAUUAGAGACGCCUACACGCUCAAGUUCUUUGAGACUAACUCAAGUCGUCUUCCUAAGUGGUGCAACGAUGCGGACGAUGUAAAGCUUCCUUUUUGUCAAAUUAAAGGCAAGUACCGAAUGGAGUUACCAGAAUACAAUACUGUAGAUCCAUAUCCCCACAUGAAUGAAAUGUGUCCAUCCCUGCCUCCAAAAUACUAUCGACCACAAACCUGCUAAUCAGCUUUACUGACUUAAGCUGAGUUCCUCGCUAUUCGCUUCUGUGUCCACACGGUACAACGCAUAGAAGCUGCCUAAAUUACACUAGUUGUGAAUGUUGCUUGUAAAUAUGCAAUGAAACUGUAGAAUUUAGUGUCAGAAAUUGUGUAAAUAGUGCAGAAAAUAGUUUUAAUAUUCAAUGCUAUGUAGUUUUGGAGAAUACAUUUGUUCAUGUGGAAUAUUUAAGCACUUGAGCAAUGAUAAUUGAUUCUGGAUUGAUA